UUAAAUUACAUAGGUAUCAUUUUGUUUCACAACCUUUUCAUCUUUUGACACUCUAUUUAUCAGGAGCCCAUUUACAGGCUUUUUAAUUCCAAAGGAAUCGAUAAGGAUAUUAAAAGCUUGAUAAGUGGUCCCUUUGCAUGAAAUAGGAAAUUGUAGUAAAAUAGAAAGUAUUACUUACUAGUUGGAUUCAGAUUAUCGUAUACUAUUAUUUAUUUUAAUUUAACAAAAAUCAAUUUUACAUGUAUAAUACAUUUAUUCGAAGGUGACUGAACGCAGGUGAACCAGGCAAACCAGGGAACGCAGUGGUAGAGAACGUUCCCAGAGGAGAAAGAGAAUAUGGUGGCGCAUGCUCCUCCUCGUGCACGCACCGCAGGUUGGCCAGUUACCCACGUCGGCUCCAGGUGCAGGGGAAAAUCCAUAUCGUGGCCGUGCACCUUCUCCUGCGUCCGUCGACAGACUUCGGCGAGGAGGCGAGGACGUCUCUGUGCAGCGGGCACGGGGACAGUCGCCACGCAGCUUCCAACGAGUCUUACGCGCCGGUCCUCUUCGAAAGGAGGUCUACCGCUGGUUCGGAGCACGUGCCGCUGGCAGUCGCGUGUCACCGCUCGCCGGUAGACAGAUAGCCUCUGACAAGCAGUCGCUCCAAGCCCUCCCGACGACGAGGUUCCCCUUGUUUCCGGCUCGCUCCGCGUAAAUCCUCCAUCGUCGAACUACGACGCAAUUGAGAGCGAUUGGAAGUCACCUGGCACGUGCACAGAGUCCACGUGAACAUUCCCGAGAUAUCUGCGAGAAAAUACAAACAUUGUACGACAGGCUAGUCAAGGGAACGUCGAGGAUAAUCUCCAUAAGAAGAUCAUUUCUAAAAGAAAGAAAAAAAAUAAAGGACCAGUCCGCGUCCCACUGAGAAUAAUAAACGUAGAAUGUUCAAAUGCUGCUGGUACUCGUGGAGGAUCUGGGACAACAUAAAGCCGCGCGGGGAUUUCGGGAUUUGCGGCUGUAGUCCUUAAAUCUCGAACGUGGAAGCUUCUCAAAGUGACGGAAACGAUUACUUUGCAAAUUGUGCUUUGGAGAACGGAUUCACAAACGCGAUUUCCAAAUUGGGUUUACGAGUUGUUAGGACUCUCGUGUAGAGAGGCCUGACACGGAAAGAACUGAAGCGUCGAGAGGUUUAAGGGGAUUUCACGGUUUCCCCUGAGUUGACGCAGAGUUUACGGAAACAAUCGAACAGUGAUUACGGAGGAAUGCGAGUUUCCCUGUCUAUCGAGAGGACGAGCAACGAGAACCUUUGUCCAGGAGCAAUUAACGUCGGGAAGAAGGGACUCGAGUCAAGAUUGAAGACACCCCGUUCAUAUUCGUCGGAAACUUGGAGGCUUCUCGGGGAGUUUCUGAUAGCCUCAAGAGCGCCGUAUUGUAAAGCGAUUGAAGUCGACGGGAGGCUCUUUGUUCGUCGCUUACAGACAAGUUCUGACGAUGGUUCGGGAGACAAUGGACGAGAAUUUCAUCUGCAACUGUUAGCGCCGAGGCUGUCUGAUAUCCCGUCGACGGUAGUUCGAUAACUGACACCGCAUUCCGAGUUUGUCCAGUAGCCUCCCCCAGGUGACAUUUCCAAGUGUAUCGAGCGUAUACAAUAAUCGUUUGAUAAAUGACAGUGUACGGUGGAGAGGAUCCGAGGAAGAUUUACCAGAAUUACACAGGGAGGGAAGGUACCGCGCGGAACGCAUAUUAUUCUACGAAGUAUUAAUGAGAAACGCUCCGAAAACGGAUUAAGCCCUCGUUCCUAAAGGGAAUGGCUUCCAGGUGUCGUAAGUCAAUUUCAAUUUCCCCCCAUUCGCAGAAGUUACACGAUUGCUUCUCUGAGAAUUUAACGGGUGUCUGAGGCUCAGAGGAAGAGGCCUAGGAGCACCGGGAAGCUCUGAUGAAAUCCUUCUAUAGAAUAAGAACACAAGGAGCCCGUCGAAUAACAGUUCCAUCUGUUCACUAAACCGACGUACGUUCAAUGUUCGAACAAUCGCCGGGAUACAUCGUCAGGCAUAUUUUUAAUGAACUGGAAACUUUAGAGGAGGUCAGAUUAAGCCGAAGAAGGAGUAUGUACGAGGAUUAAGCAUACGGUACGAUAGUUUCGCUAAUGUUCACGGUCCUCAGCGGUACUCUCGGCCACAAGGCCGAAAAGGAGUCUGAAAGGAUUAAUCUAGCUCCCUUUAAUGGCGAAGGGUCUUAAGGGAUCACUGGCAUUUCUCGAGGGUACCCUUUGCGGUGGAAGAAUAUCUUUGGUCGCCUUUUCUUCGAGAAAGCGGGGGAAAUAAUUGCGUGUCGGACGUUCAGUGAAAAAACAGACCCCGCCGGGAUUAAGCACGUGUCUUUUCUAGGAGUACGUGAGCGGAAUGGAGUCCUAGUCGCACCGGCCUCGCCGAGUCGGGCACUUGGGGUUUAUAAGUGACCCGCGGGAAAAAUCUGGACUGUCUUCGGUGAAAGUGCUCGCACGAUACACAUUUGUGCUCUUCGUGGAGAAGGAAAUAGGGAUAGGUAAUAUAGUCGGCAAAAAGGGACUUGGUGUAACGGAGAGUGGCUUCUAGAGACGCUCGCAAGUAAUUCUUAGACGCUAGAUAUAUCGAGGACUACGGUUGUAAAGUUCCUGAUUUAAGUUACUUUUAAAUCUCGAGAUUAAUAUUUUGGAAAGUCGACGCGCAACGGUGAUCCGUGUUUCCGCGAGAGAAAAAGUGGGAUUAAAUAAUGGACACGUCGCGUAAAUAAUUCUGGAGGCUAGACAGAACGAAACGUAGAGUUAUGUGGUGCUUGAUUUGAAUUAUUUCGCGCCUCUCCACUGUUUGUAUAAAAUCUUGACGUUAACAUUGCGGAAAAGGGUCCGUGUAAAAAGGUGGUUUGUGUUUUUAUCGAAACAGAGGAGUAAAUAGUUUUUAAUUCGGUUUCUCAACUCGAAAGCAUCGAUUUAAAGUCAACAGAGUAUUUAGUAUUUGAAGAUAUUCUCAGUUAGGGUUUAUUUAGGAGCGUCUCAAUGAAUCACUCAGCGUCUUUAAUAAUUCUGGAGACCUAACAUAACGAAGAACAGGGGUUGCAUGGUUCCUGCUUUAAAUCGCACUCUCUACGAAACCAAAAAUAAAAACUAACGAGAAAGAAGUUUUUGAAAUACUUCCAUGAAACGAAUAUAUAUAAAAUCUUGAUGUAAUUUUCUGUGAAGGCCAAAACACAAGGGACCAAGUGUUAGGAACAAUCUGGAGAUCUAACAUAGCGCAGAAUAGAGGUUGUAUCGCACUCUUUACGGAACCAAAAAUAAAAUCUAACGAGAAAGAGGUUCUUGAAAUACUUCCAUGAAACGAAUAUAUAUAAAAUCUUGAUGUAAUUUUCUGUGAAGGCCAAAGCAACGGAUAUUCCCAUUCAAACUUCCUAAAGUCUCAAGAAGCAAAGGUCACCCGUGUUUUUGCGACAGUAAAUUUCGCGCGAGUUUGUGUAAAAUUUUGGCCCGUCCCGUUAUCCCCUUCUCUCAAAUUUUCGAGAUUGAACGCGCUCGGUUGGAAAAGGCACGGUGGUGUUUACGUUCUCGCGGCAACUCGGUCGCAGUCGGUCAUGGGCUCGCUACGGGAUAACGGGACAAACUACGACACCGGUAAUCACGUGUUGAACGCUUUGAACUAUAUUAACAAGUUGAACGAGUCGCUGAGCGCAGAGGAGAUCAAGUGUCUGAAACUCCAACACCAAGAGCUGGAGUGGCUGUCCCUUGGAAAGCUGGAGGAGCAACCGGGAUGCGAAGUUAGCUGGGACUCUUUGCUGUGUUGGCCCAGGACGCCUGCGGGUGCUGUGGCCACCUUGCCCUGUCUGGAGGAGCUGAACGGGAUCAAAUACGACAGCACACAAAACGCGAGCCGCUGGUGCAAACCUGAUGGCGUCUGGAGCAACUAUACCAAUUAUAGCCUCUGCAGCGACGUACGGGAACCCGCGAUCGAGGGUGGAACCGAAGUCAUCUCAACGACUAUUUAUUUCGUCGGAUACAGCCUCUCCCUGCUUACCCUCGUUCUCGCAGUCUCGAUUUUUCUUUACUGCAAAGAGCUGAGGUGCCUCAGAAACAACAUCCACACGAACUUAAUGUUUACUUACAUCCUCGCAGACAUGAUGUGGAUUCUGAACAACGUGAUGCAGGUCUCCAUGCAGCCGGACGUGCCGACCUGCAUCGUUUUCCUGUCUUUGCUUAACUACUUUCAGCUGACCAAUUACUUCUGGAUGUUCGUGGAAGGCUUGUAUCUGUUCGUGCUCGUCGUGAAGACGUUCACUGGUGAUAUUAUCAAGCUGAGGCUGUGCCUAGUGAUAGGAUGGGGUAUGCCGGUCCUCUUUAUUGCCGUUUGGGGUAUCGCGAAAUCGCUCGAUCAGAGCAUCAUGGCCCACGCGAACCAGGAAGUCGCGCUGGGGAAGCAUUGUCCCUGGAUGGUGUCGCAUCCUUACGACUGGUUUUAUCAGGGCCCGGCCAUUUUGGUCCUCUGCGCGAACGUGGUGUUCCUCUUCAUGAUAAUGUGGGUCCUGAUAACGAAGCUCUGGUCCGCAACGAACGCGGAGACGCAACAAUAUUGGAAAGCGAGCAAAGCACUCCUGGUCCUGAUACCUCUCCUCGGAGUGACUUACGUGCUCGUCCUGAUGGGACCCACGGAGGGUCAGGUUGCUAAUGCAUUCUCCUACGCUCGCGCUGUAUUGCUUUCUUCUCAGGGCCUUUUCAUUGCGCUAUUUUAUUGUUUCUUGAACGCCGAGGUUCAAAAUACAGUGAAACACCACAUCGAACGAUGGACCACGGCCCGCGAUCUGGAUACCGAAAGAAGGUAUUAUAACAAUUGGUCACCCCGUUCGAGAACAGAGAGUAUAAGGUUGUACUGCCCCCCGUCGAAUCUAUAUAGAAAAAGAGAUUCCUCUGUAAGCGAGACAACAACCACGACCGUAGUAGGUAUGAAUUCGACGACCACGUUUCUGGACAAAACAAAGAAGGCGAUCUCGGAGGAUCUCAACGAGUAAAAGAUUCUCGAUAAGAUCUAAUCGCUUUUCUGAACAAACGAUCGAAUGCUAAGGAAUGGUUGGUGAAAUUAUAAAAUCUUGACAUAUGAGACAAUGCUUCAACAGUUUAUUCGGAAUCAGCCAUUGAGUUAGGGAAAGAGAUACUCUUUCAUUCUCUUCCAUUCGUUCCUUCAUUCACGCUCUGCCAUUUUCACUUUCGCGUCCCUAGCAUUCUCUUCCCUCCUUUGCUUUUUUUUUUAUUUUCAUUAGUUUUGUUAAGAAACGCGUUUGUACCAGGGGAAUCGAUUUCUGUUUUAAAUGCUACGACACCUCUCUCAAAUUUCCAAAAGUGGACUCCUGUAAAAAAAAAAAAAAACGGUGUAAGAGGUUUUCAAUAACAAAGAGAACGUCGCCUAUCGCCGAACUGUUUUCAAAAUAGAAAGAAAAAUUAUAUUUGCAUUUCAAACUGGGUAAAAUUGUAUUUAUAUUAGACUCCAUUGAUGUUAAACUUUUCUUUGGUAUAUUAUCCAAAAUAUUCUAAUAAUCUUCUGUUACUUUACCCAGAUUUCUUUGCAAAUGAAAGGAAAAAAUAUAACCGUAUAAUAAUAUUACAAUCAUUGAAAAUAAUUAUUCUCUUAAGAUAUUUCCCACAUCGAAGUACCUACAGUCAUCUUCCUUUUGUGAAAGAGAACUUUUAAAAAUUCGUGGAUGUAAAAUUAUUAUAAACAAAUUAACAAAAAAUCAAUAACUGUUUGUACUAUGAUUCAAGAGAAACUAUUUAUUAUAGUGAUCUAUUAAUUAUUUUAUUUUGACUUUGUUACUGCCUUAUAGCCACGAAAGCGUUGUCGAAAAUAUAUUGUAAAUAUGUAUUAACAAUCGCUUCCAUUAGACCUUGGACAUCACUCUUUCCCAAGUCAUAUAUAUAUACAUAUCGCUAAAUUUUUAUUUUAUGUUCUCUAUGAUAUCGUCCAAUGAAUUACUAUAUUUUACAUAUGUAUUAAGAUUUAUAAAAUGUGUUAUACAAAGUCGCGCGCGCGCGUGUCUGUGUGUGUGUUUUUUUGUGUGUGCGUGUGCAUAUACCUACAAAGUUUAAAGGAUGUUACAGUAGUCAAUACUAAGUUUAAAGAAUAAUUCUCGACAAACGAACAAAGCUACAUUUCGGAAUGCACGAUAAAAGCAACAAAUAAUAUCAUGCCCAAAAGUAACAGAGGAGUUCGUUAUUCGGGAUUCAAAUUUUGUCCAAAGAUCUAAAAAAAAAACAAAACUAUUUGUUAGUAACUACAAGGUGAAAAACCGAGAAGAAAUCGUACCUGAUGAGAUAACUUUUGUUUUUGCGUUCAAGUAUAAUUAAAGGAAGUCAUAUUUUAUACAGCUAAAAUGAUAAAAUAAGUCGCUUAAUGCAAAGGUAAUAUUUAAAAAAACUUGUUGGGAUGAUACAAAUGUCAGAGAAAUACAAAAAAAAGUGAACAUAAACAUUUAGUAAGAUUUCCUGUGCGAUAUCUGUGCACAAUAUGAAAAUUUACACAAAAUUAGUUUCUUUAGCGGAUAAAAGUAAUAUUUUUAUUAAACAGGCACAAUAUAAGAUAUCGCAUAUGAGCAACGGUAUACGUUUAAAAAUAUAUAUAUUAUUCUAAACGGAAAUAUAUUACGAUUGCGACAGGCAAGAUGAUCUUUGGACCUUAAGUGUCACCCUUCAAUAUCAUUACGACCUAAUAUUUAUUUUACUUUGCGUUAAUGACCCGUGAGUGUUAUUUAUUAAACAACUUCAUAUGUACAAAUUUGUAUAGAGACAGAUUAGAGAAAGAAUUGUAAAUGGUAUGUAUUAUUCGAUGUAUCGUCGUUUUAAACUACCAUUUUAAUAAGCCUAUCAAGAUGAUAAAAUGCACUCUCACGACACUUGUUUAUUGAAUAUAUUUGUGAGAUGCUGAUAUAAGAACACAGUUUUACUUCAGACGCUCAGUCUGAACCUUAUAUUGAACUAAAUUAAACUAAAUUGUUCCGUGGAAUUCAAUUUACUCGAUAGAAAUGAUUAAAUGCUGGGCAUCGUGAACUACAGGCACCCAAAAAAAAUCUCUGUUUUCAUUUCAGUAGAGCAAAUUUAUCAAGUUGUCACUGAAGAGGAGACUGAUUUUGCAGUCGUAAGUUUUAAUUAUUUAUGUAUAUGUAUUUUUUUCACAAUUACGUAAUGUCAAAUUAAAAUUUCCGUAAAAGUCUAAUGCAUGAGCAAAGUGUAAGAAGUAAACCAAGAAGCGUAAUCUUGUACAUGGAAUGUUCAUAACAAAAGAACUAAAAGCGUCAAAAAUAGAAACGAUACUACUACAAAAUUACGAAAUGAAUUAGUGAUUAUAGUACGAAUCUUAUAUAUAUGAAUUACCUUUUUUUUUUACAUUCAAUGAUAAUUUAAUAUUACAUUAACAACUGCGUACUGUUCAUAUUGUUACUGUGUCCACGUUUUGUGUAAGACCUAACAAUACUUUGUACAAGUUUUAUGAUACAAAUAUAUUACGACAAUUCAGUUUAAAUACCAUACAACAUUAUACUUUUAGCAUUACACCUUUCAUAGAUUAAACCAUUUCUUGUACAAGACAAUGAUCUUAUUCAUACGUAAUGUCAUUAAAAAAAGGAUCCGACUGCUUUCAUAUUCAAGGACUGUUUUUUUUUUCCGCAUGGUACUGGGAAAAUAGAAA